GCUUCGAGAUAUUCAAGUAAAAACCCUUUUUUAUUGAAGCAACAAAGUUGAAAUAAACAAUAGAUGGGUUUGAAAGUUCGCAUUCUUCCGAUUCUGACUAACUUAAAGGAUUGAUUAAGUUCGAUACAUCGCCAUCGAAAAAUUUACAUCGAUCUAUCGCACUUUAUAAAUUCCAUCGAUGGAGCCAUCGAUGGAUUUCCCAGCUCUAACAGGAGGAAAGAAAAUGGAAACAGCAUGGAAAUAACCAAAACAAAAAAGACGUCUGUGGAAACUACUACUCAAUAUAAGCCCAAUGUGUGGAAUUUUUUGUGCAAUCAGUCCAGAACACAAUGUAAAUUGUCAGAACCGUCUGCAUAGGGCCUUAAGAAAGUUGUUAAGGAAUCGUGGCCCUGAUGUGCAGGACGAAUUGAUAUUGGAUCAAGGCCGGGUCUUGCUCGCAGGAAACGUUUUGUGGCAACAAGGGUCUCAAAAGGCUCAAAAACAACCAGUGAUUGCUGGUCAAUAUGGACUUUUGUUUAACGGAGAUUUGUACAGUAUCGAGAAACCCUCGGCUAUGUCAGACACAACAUGGUUGGCUAAUAAAUUGGAAAGUUGCGACGGGGACAGCGAUCUGAUCUCGUUGCUGAAGGAUUUGAAGGGUCCACAUUGCUUAGUAGUAUAUAACACGACGACUGCUACUUUGUACUUCUCCCGCGAUACACUGGGCAGAAAUUCACUUCUCAUUGAAAGGGGCCAACAAGGGUUAAAUUUAAUGAGCACUUCCUAUUUUUUAGAAGAACGGAUAGAGGGAGAAAACACUGAGCCGAUGGGGAUUACACUUGAGGUCCCUCCGCUCGGGUUAUACAAAUUAGACAUAAACGAUUUGAGUCAAUGUGUUCUAUAUCCUUGGCAACCACUAAAUGAAUAUACCGGAAAGCUGCUCUCUGGCUUAGAAUCUUCAAUGCAGUGGAAGGUUCUUAUCGAAAAUCCAAUUUCUCCUAGUUGGUUGCUAACAAAUAACAGUCAGGAAGAUGACAACUAUGACUUUGACCUUUACAGUUUUUCAUUCAAGAAAGACUUCAACGAGUUGUACAAUGAGUUGCUUGAAACCGAGUCGAUUAGAAGAACAUUGUGUACCCUCGACAAGUUACUAUCAAAUUCAGUGGCAGAACGUGUUCAAAACACGGCACCUGUUUGUAGAAAUUGCAAAACCAUGAAAUGCAAUCAUGCCAAAGUCUCUGUUUUGUUUUCUGGGGGAAUCGAUUGCUCCAUACUAGCCCUACUGGCGGACAGAUUCGUUCCCAGUGAAGAGCCAAUUGAACUCAUAAACGUAGCCUUUGAGUCUUCUAGCACUGAGGGCUGGAAUGUUCCCGAUCGUCAAACUUCACUACAGUCGUUGAUGGAGCUACAACGUCUUUGUCCGGAGCGGGAUUGGCGGCCUCUUAACGUUAACGUGACUCGAUUGGAAUUGCAGCAUCAACUUGCAUCUCACAUCAAACACCUUAUAUAUCCACUUCAAACUGUUUUGGACGAGAGUCUGGGAUGUGCUUUCUUUUUUGCUACCCUAGCCAACAAUUCCACGUCCAGAGUCGCUAUCCUUGGGAGUGGGGCUGAUGAACUGUUCGGUGGGUAUGUUCGCCAUAGAAAUGCCUAUAGACGCUGCACUGGAGAUGAGAAAGAUCGCCAGCAAGCCGUUAAAGAUGAGCUUGAAUUGGACUGGCAAAGGAUACCUUCCCGCAAUCUAGCUCGCGAUGAUCGAGUUAUUGCGGAUAAUUCGAAAACGGCUAGAGCUCCAUUUAUCGAGGAAAAUGUUGUUCAGUUCGUAAGAUCUUUGGAGCCAAAUCAAAGGUGUUGUUUUAGUUUUCCUGAAGGCAUUGGUGAUAAAUUUCUUUUAAGACUUUAUGGAUAUCAACUGGGUUUCCGCAGUGCAGUGCAGCUAAAAAAACGAGCUAUUCAAUUUGGAUCCAGAAUUGCUAAUAAAAAACAGCAGGCUUCUCAGCAGUCUGACUUCUUGCGAUUCUCAUUUGAAUAAUUA